AUGGAGGCCCAAGUCAACCGGCUGGUGGAGAAGCUAUGGGUAAAGUAUCUGGAUACAGCCCCGAGCCAGCGACUGUUGAUCGCCAUCGGCGGGAUCCCGGGCUCUGGGAAGACGACGCUGGCACGGAUGGUCGUGGCCGGGGUGAACAGGCGCCAGGCAGCAGAGACGCCGGACGCCGAGCCGGUGGCCAUGGCCGUUCCGAUGGACGGCUUCCAUCUGACGCGAGCGCAGCUGUCAGCGAUGCCGGACCCCGAACGAGCGCACGCCCGGCGUGGUGCCGAGUUCACCUUUGAUGGGGCGGCCUUUCUGGUGUUGGUGCAGCGUCUGCGAGCGGAGGUGUCGGUCUCGUCGUCCCCCUCAUCGCCCACUCCCUUCAUCCUGGCCCCCUCGUUCGACCACGCGGUCAAGGACCCGGUCGCUGAUGCCAUCGCCAUCGGAUCGCGCCAGCGCAUCGUCGUGUUCGAGGGCAACUACGUGUGUCUGGACCGCGAACCCUGGCGCUCGGCUGCACGGAAGAUGGACGAGCGCUGGUUCGUCGAUACGCCCGAUCUCGCCGUCGUGCGGGCACGGCUGGUGCGGCGACACGUGGCCGCAGGCAUCGUUGCAGACGAGGCUGCUGCUGGGUUGCGCGCAGAUAAGAACGACCUGGUCAACGGGGCCGAGAUCUUGCGCGAGCGGCUGGCAGACGUGGACGAGCUGAUCGUCAGCCGGGAGGAUGCGUCAUGGGCGUGA